CUGUUUAAAGGGAGAAAGAGAGUUCUAGAAUAGUCUUCUCCAUGGUGUCUUCUCUAGUGCAGGAACAGAAAACAGACCAUUGAUUUCUGUCUCUUCAUUUCUUCGAUACUGCGUAAUAAUUUGCAGCGAGGAUAAUUUGAUUGAAAUUAUUUCGGAUAUAUCGAAAGCAAGGAAAAUGAUGGAUGAAUGGAUGAUGGACGAAUUCGACAAAAGGUUCGCAAAGAUGCAAAAGUACAUUCCAGUCCUGGAAGCGAUGAUGGAGAGAUUGAGCUUAUGUGAAGACAGGAACAGUCGAAAAAGGGAAAUGCAACUGCGGAAACUGAAGUUUCUGCACAGAAUUCUAACAAACGGCAGGCGAAAUUUGACGAUCGAGACGCUGCAGAAAUGCGAGGAUGUUUUACAGAAAUUGCACAACAAGAUAAAAAGCUUCUCCAAAGAUCCCGGAGUAAUCGAAGAUUCUAACCUGACAUUAUUGGCAAAUGAUAUAAAUUUACUAUUAUUAACAUAAAUAUUUGGCUAAUACGUUAUUAUAUUU